UUUAGUUACCAAGCAAAAAGUAUUUCUGUGGAAACCAAUAAGUCUUUGUCAAAUUCAAAUUUUCGAACGAAAUGUGAAUUUUAGUUAUUCGCGAAAAUUCUAAAGGUAAACUUUCGAUUUCCUUCAAAUUUGGAAUGUUAAAGACGAAAUGGCGCGGGAUGGGGAUGUGCCUUCAGAAAACGAAGAUAAUAGCGAAAACGUAAAGACAUGGUUUGUGCCCGCAUGUGGUUACAAAAACUUCUGCUGCUGUCCAAAAGGAAAAGAGGACACGGUAUGUCUUCACACCCACGAGUGUCCUUUCCGUCCAAAGCAACCUAUUCGAAAAUGUUUUCCCAUUUGUACCACUGAUGAAGUCAAGCCCAUUUAUACACCAUGUUUAAAAAAAAUAAUUGAGGAAAUUGAUAAUGAAGAAGACGUUGAUGAAGAAGAAAAGGUAAGAGGAGUAAGCACUGAAGACCUUGAUGAUGAAGAUGACGGCAGGCGACACAAAGUGCAAAUUGCCGGUUUUGUUGAACCAAUUGAACAAUCAGAAACUUCUUUUGAGAAACUGUACAAAAAGAGAGUGAGGCGUGUAUGCAUGGCGGACGAAGAACCUCCCAAAGUGGUUUGCUCCUGUGGUUCGCCCACGUGCCAAAGAUGCCGCAAUACAACAUUUACAUUUAAAAAAGUAGAAGACGAUAUGGGAGAAGAAGAGGAAAAAGCCUACGACCCCCUGUGUGAAGAUAUUUUGGAAUGCGACUGUGGGUUGCACAAUUGUAUUAGGUGCAGAACGAAGAAACAGUUACAGGAACAACUUAAGAAACGCAUCUGCCGCUGCAAUCUCCCAGAAUGCAUCGAAUGCAAAUGGUACUCAAUAUGUGAAGUUUGUGCUGCACCUGCUCCUAGUAGAAGCAAAUACUAUUACAGACGAAAACAGUUAAUGGAAAAUGAGGGUGAAUUUCCCACAAUUAGCGAGGUGAAAAAGGAAUGUCAAGAUUUGUCGAAACUCGUAUUCGACCAAUGUAUCGACUCCUUAAAGGAUAAAUUGGGACUUACACCGCCUUUGGGAGGUCCUGGUGAAGUCCUCUGGCAAUCCCCAAGUGAUUUACUUGAAGGAAAAGUUAUCCUGAAACCACCUUAUUCCAAUAGGUGUAUUAAAGCUCUUACUCAUGAAGGGAUAUUAAAGAUAGGAUCAGUAAUUGAGCAGAAGUUUUUGAACGAGAUGGAAUUGGAAAAACAGAGGGCGUUGAAAGAACAAAGAGAAACACUUGAAUAUCUGUUUGAAAUAGAGAAACAAGAAGCAAUAAAUGCUACUAGAGCUGAAGAAAGAGCACUAUGUGAAGAACGAAUGUUAGAAUUGAAUGCCAGAUGGGAAGAGGAACUACAGGAAGAACUACAACUAUUAGAAGCACGUUUAACUGCAGAAUUCGAACUGUUAUUGCAACAACAAAGAGAUGAACUUGAAAUUAUUUGGCAAGCUAAACUUGAUGAAGCUGUUCGAGAGACAACAGAAAAACUAACAGCUCUUUUCAUGGAAGAUCUCAAGAGGCAAGAGGAAGAACUGACAAAGAAAUUCAAUGAAGAGUUAAAAAAAAUGGAAAUCAAAUAUAAGAUCAAAGAAAAGGCCGAUAUAGAAAAGUACGAAGAGAAACUAAGGCAACUUAGGCAUCAACUGGAAUGUAAAAAUAUAGCAAACUUGAUGUGCGUGCUAUGCGUUGAACGUAAGAAGUGCAUGGCUGAAAAAGAAGCGUUAAUGAAGGAAUGCGAGAAACAAUACAAGGACCAAUACAACCAAGAGAUGGAAGACAAGAUAACUGAGCUAAAUGAAACUAUAAAAGAAAAGCAGAGACAGUUGGAUUUACGUGAAGAAUACUUACGUGAAAUAAUUCAGCAAUAUCAGAAGUUUAUUAACUUUGCCUUGAAAUCUUCUCCAACGCAAGCAGAAUUUUUGCUGAGUCUCGAAAAAAUGUUACUUUUUGAACUUACUAAGCAAGUAGUCAAGCAAAGUCCGAAACUGAUAGAAGAAUUCCAACCAUGGAAAGAAGAUUCGGAAAUAAUAAGUGCAAGAGGUUCAAAAAGGAAUCUCGUAGAAACCGAUUACCAUGGAUGUUUCAAAGAACUCGAACCACCUGGAGACGACAGAGAAGUAGAUGACUUACCUCAUUUCUAUUACAACAAAAAUUUAUAUGUACGUGAAGAUUUUCGCAAUUUACUUUCCACGGGACGAGAGGUCGACUCUUCAUACGAAUUAUGGAGUAAAAAUGUUCAAGAUUUGAUAAACAUUAUGAAAGGACCGCUAAAAAAACCGAUUAGAGUUGAUGAUGAUGAACUUCCUGAAUUGAAGGGUGUAAAGUCACAAAACAUGACAAAGUCUAACGUCUAUUUUGCGGGUGCACAAGUUUUGGAUGAAAGUAGGAGUGUAGAUACAGAAUUCAAAAUGAUGACAAAGAAUAAGGCAUCACUAAAACCGUCCAGUAAACUACAAUUAGGGCCUAUUAACUAUUUGGCGUUACACAAAGAAUCGGAACGUGAUACCCUCCUGAUCGGUGCCGUUAACUCUUUGGAGUUACUCAAAAAGAAACUGUCUGCAAAGCAGCCAUUGGGAAGUGAUACUUACGAAACCAAAGAAGACACCGAAACGGAAACCAUAACGAGCGAACAAGAACAGACUCAGGAAACCGAUGUACCGGUGGAAACUUUGAUUUUGCAAAGACUCUCUGAAGAGGACAAUGUAUCGACGAUACCGUUUAUUCCAUUGAAACCUGAAUCACAGGCCCGUACGGACAAACAACCUUCGGAAAAAGUCAAAAAGAGAGUUUCGGUGUCCCAAAAAUCUGUAUCAAAUGAAAACGUUAAGCCAAUUGAGACAAGUGUAAGCGUCAUAACUGAUUCGCUAAUAAUUCACAGAAUGUCGUUUAGUAAGAAGGCAUACGAACAUGGUAAACCCACGAUGAUGAUCUCUUCACCUAAACAAACACCUAUGAUAAGAGAUGACUCAAUAACGAUGUUGAAAGAAGAGGAAGAACUUUACGAAGCAUCCAAGUUAAAUGUUGCCAAGGAUUCCCUAGAAAUAGCUCGAAAACAGUCAAGCGAAGUGGUAGAUGGUAUAGUUAGUAAAGCCCUCAAGUCGCCAAAAUGUCACCUAUCACAAGAGCAAAUCAUCAAAGUCGAUUUAGAUACUGCAGAUGAGGAUACAAAGAAGGCAGUGAAAAUGUCUCACAUCGAAGUCAUUAAAUUGCCUGAAAAGAAACCAUCUGCUGUUAGUUUUACCACCGAGCCUCACAUAAUUGAGACUUCCAGCAUUCAAAGUUCGGAUUCUCCUCUUCUUAUUUAUGGCGAAGAGAGGGACGACUUUUUAAAUAAGCCCAAUGAAGUUAAAGUUGUCGGUGAUAAAAACGCUAAAGAGCACCUUCAGCGGACUUCAGAAUUCACCUUUACUCGCGCUAGUUCGCUCCUCAAAAUGUUUGAUGGUCGUCCAGAUCUUAUCAGGAUGUUUACCGCAGGUUCAAAGUAAUUUUUAAGGAUUUUUAUAAAAUUAUUUUGUUAUUGAGCAUAAUUAUCACCUUAUUCUUUAAUAUAUUGUUCAUUAUUAAUAAAACAUUCAACUACA